UUUAUUUUCACUUGUUUCCCAUCAUGUCACCUAUUUAGGGAUUCAAAAAGGAUGAUCAGACAGAUUUGAUGGAACAACCGGAUUGGUAUAGUAAUGCUCAAGCAUAUUGGACAAGUGUAGAACCAACGGUGGAUGGGAUGUUAGGUGGAUUUUCUCAAGUGGAUCCGAUUGACGUGGCUGGUUCAUUGGCUUUUAUUGAUGAAUAUGUACAUGGUGUAAAAGGGGUCAACAAUACUAUCAAAAAGGAACCAUCGUUACGUACUCAUUAUGCGUGUGAUUGUGGUGCAGGUAUUGGACGUGUCACGAAACAUUUCUUGUUACGCGUUCCUUUCGAUACUGUAGAUCUUGUGGAACAAACGCCAAUCUUUGUCCAGCAAGCCAAGGAUAGUUAUUUAGCUGAUGAUAUUCAAGCUGGUCGAGUGGGUCAAGUACGAUGUCAAGGAUUACAGGAUUUUCAACCGGAUGAUAACAAGUAUGAUCUUAUCUGGUGUCAAUGGGUACUUGGACAUUUGACUGAUGAUGAUUUGAUCAACUUUUUCAAACGAUGUAUCAAAGGAUUAGCACCUGGAGGUUUGAUUGGUGUCAAAGAAAAUAAUUCUACACAAAACUAUGUUGUAGAUGAAGAAGAUAGCAGUGUUACUAGACCAAAUGAUGCAUUAAAGCGUAUAUUUACGGCAGCGGGUCUGACUGUGAUCAAGGAACAAGUACAACAAGGGUUACCGGCAGGAUUAUUUACCGUGAGGAUGUAUAUGUUGAAACCAUGUUCCUCCUCAGAUAGUACCUAGAAUAAGACCAUGAUAGUUUAGUAAUAUUGGUCUCCGUCAUAUCAUUUAUUUAUUAUUUAUCAUAUCAAUCAAUUAACCAAUCAAUAAAGACAAUCAUUAAGAAUCAUAAGAUAUUAUCAUUUUCUCUUGUUCAUAAUGAUGAAUAAUC